AUGGCUGCCCCAUCUUCUUCCCUGUUGAAGAAGCAAGAGAAUCAGGAAUUGGACUGGCUGGAAUGGCUCAGAGGAUGGUCUCGUUUGUUAUCCGAGGGUCUCUUUCAGAAAGUCAAAGCAAAACAUUUGCCCAGGAAAUAUCCCUUACCGCAACUCAGUGGCCUUAGUUGCAUGGUUACUGGAGCCACUAGUGGUAUUGGACUUGAGAUAGCCAGGCAAUUGGCAGAAUCAGGAGCUCAUGUUGUCAUGGCUGUAAGAAAUCCAAAAGCAGCCCAUCAAAUAAUCGAGAAAUGGAAUGAUAGGCAGCCUAAUUCCAGGCACCUCAACGUCGAUGUUAUGGAAAUCAAUCUUCUUUCUCUAGAAUCAGUAGUGAAAUUUGCAGAAUCAUGGAAUUCAUCCAUGAAACCGUUGCAUGUUCUAAUCAACAACGCAGGGAUAUUUUCCAUGGGAGAGCCACAAAAGUUCUCAAGGGAUGGAUAUGAAACGCAUUUGCAGGUCAACCAUCUUGCACCAGCAUUGCUUUCCGUGCUACUUCUGCCAUCCCUACAACGAGGAGCUCCAAGCAGAAUCGUAAAUGUGAAUUCUCUCAUGAAUGUUGUUGGAUUUGUCGAUCCAAAUGACAUGAAUUUCUUUUCUGGUAAAAGGAAAUUCACAAGCUCAAGGGCUUACUCGGGUAGUAAGCUAGCACAGGUGAUGUUCACCAGUAUUCUUGCUAGAAAUAUCCCCCAAGGCAUUGAUGUAUUGUGUGUGGAACCUGGAUCUGUUCGCACAAAUGUUGCAAGGGAUCUCUCAAAAGUGGUGCAAAUUGCUUAUCAAUGCAUGCCAUCUUUCCUUUUUGAUGCUCAACAGGGGUCGAGGAGUCCUCUUUUCGCGGCCAUUGAUCCAGACAUCCCAAAAUUUUGUGGUAAGUUGAAGGCUGAAAAGUUGGCUGUGUGCGCUUACUUUUCCUAUUCUUGUCGUCCCAUCAAGCCUGCCAAAGCAGCAUACAAUGAAAAGACUAGUGAUUUGGUGUGGGAGAAGACGCUAGACAUGGUUGGCCUUCCUUCUGAUGCUGUGGAGAAGCUCCUUGAGGGCAAAGAAAUCCACUGCAGAUAUGGAUCUCUCUGA